AUGAAAACAACGGUGCAAAAGCACCGAAGUAUAAAAUAUUCAUGAAACAGCUGUCAUGAAAAACUUUCAGUCAUAUAUUUAUAGAGGCUUCCAUGAAAGGUGGAUAUUCCACAAGAAAGUGGCAUGAUAAUGACCUGCAUUUUUCUUAUGCAUUACUGAGGUGAAUAUAAAUGAAGAGAUGCAAAUUUAGAAAAUCUAGUUGCUAAGGCCGCGAAAAAACCAUCAGAAAAGUGAUAUUUUCAGAAAGCAUCUUCAGGUGUGUUGACGGAAACGACAAAAAUAUGUUUGCUGUAAAUAACGGAUAUAUCCUUGUUCGAAUGAACGCUUUUUGACGAGUGAUCUUUAAAUUGUUGACCAAUGAUUUAAUAACUUCAGUGACAUGUUGGGACAGGCAACCUCUCGAAACGCGACAGGAAGUCUCGAACGCAUUGUGCAAACUGCUUCCAUUCAGAUUAUCAAGAUGGACUUCGUGCCAAGAUAUUUGACUCAUUCACUUGAUAUGUAACUCCCAUUUUCUUAAAAGGAUAAAACUCAAAGACAGCUGUGAAUUAUCCUGCCAGACAAUGGGAACUUUAUUUGAAUGUCUUCGUGAAGCACGUCUUGAGAAAUACUAUCCAACCCUUCGAGUGAAUGGGAUCACAAAAUCCGAAUCGCUGGCAAAACUUACCCUGGAAGACUGUGAAGCUAUUGGUGUAACAUCCACAGAGGAUAAAAGAAGACUUGUUGAGCUGAUAAAUAUAAUAAAAUCUGUGCACCAAUCUGACUCUCCUAAUGUAACUCCACCUAGAACAAAUGUAGGGGCCAGACCGUCGUCAGCACGAAAACGAAAUAGAAGUCCAGCGUACACUACACAGUCACAGAUGUCAGGAUAUGCAUUGUCUGCAACUAAUAACGUAAGAGUCCGAGAAAACCUUCCCACAGCUCAAGCUCAUUCUAGUAAUCAGUUUCUCUCAAGGGCAGAAAUAUUUGACUUGGUGUCAAGUUCAGAUGAAUCAAGCUCAGAAGAAUCAGCACAUUCAGAUUAUGAGCCAGCAAAGAAGCAUCUGAAUGCUGCAUCAGUUUCACCACCACCGCCUCGAGUCCGGAAAACAGCUGUGAGCCGUGUUCGACAAAGUGGCUACAAUUAUGGGGUCCCUAAAGCUGGGAGUAUUGCUCAGUCUGUUAGUAAAUCUAGGGCACGGGGUGCCGAAGGAGGUCUGCUCGGAGAUGAGAGGAUACGAGUGUGUGUAAGGAAAAGACCAAUGAACAAACGGGAAAUUAAAAACAAGGAAGAGGAUGUGUGUAAAGCAGAAAGUACCACAACAUUGACUGUUAAUGAACCAAAGCAAGCUGUGGAUCUCACUGCAUACACACUCGAACAUGAAUUCAUAUUUGAUGAAGUGUUUGAUGAGAAAUGCUCUAAUGAGGAUGUUUAUGUGAGGGCUGCCAGACCCCUCGUUGGAAACAUAUUUACAGGGGGAAGUGCAACAUGUUUUGCCUAUGGGCAGACAGGAGCAGGAAAGACACACACCAUGAUAGGGUCGCGUGACGUCCCGGGACUAUAUCUCCUAGCAACUCAUGACAUAUUUUCCAUCAUUGAGUCCAAACAGUAUGGCUCGGAUCUUAAAGUUUGGGUCAGCUUCUUUGAAAUUUAUUGUGGACAGCUGUUCGAUUUACUCAACAAACGUAACAGACUACAUGCACGAGAGGAUGGUUCCCACCAUGUAUGUAUAGCUGGUCUAACGGAGACACAGGUCCAAAAUGUGGCUGCUAUUAUGCAGGUAUUGGAGUAUGGUAACUCUGUACGCAGUAAGGGUGUGACUGGGGUUAACCCGGACUCCUCUCGGUCUCACGCAGUCCUGCAGCUGGAGAUUAGAAACAAUCAGGAUAAACGAGUGGGAAGGAUGUCUUUCAUAGACCUGGCAGGGAGUGAGAGAGCCUCUGACAUGACAGACACAGACAGACAGACACGAAUGGAAGGAGCAGAGAUUAACCAGAGUCUCCUCGCUCUGAAGGAAUGUAUUCGUUCCAUAGACCAAGAUAGCAAACAUACGCCUUUCAGACAGAGCAAGCUAACACACAUCCUAAAGGAUUCCUUCACUGGAAACUCACGAACUUGUAUGAUAGCCAACUUUUCCCCAACAAAUGUGUCGUGUGAACACACUCUCAACACACUCCGAUAUGCAGACAGGGUGAAGGAACUUCGGCGAGAUCCUACGUCUGGAGGGACUAGAGCAAGUCUAGCCAGUAAUAUCCUAAUGAACAUCCCUCUACAGGCACCAUCUGCCUUCCAACCUUCCAAUGUCCUAUGUUCCUCCACGCCGAUGCGACACCGCUCAUCACGUCAAAACAGUAGUCGCACCAUGUCAGAUAUAGCACUUGACCCCAAUGAAACCCCAAUCAAAGGUCAUGGAAUGAGGAGAAAAGUUGUUCCAAAAAAUAUAGCAAAAUCUGAGUCAACAAAACCGAGUCGUACUGUUGCCAGUCGGUUGUCUGUUGUCCGUCACACAGGACCUAGUAAGUCUUCUUCACCGAUGAUGUCUCGUAAAAAUCUCGGAGCUGAAGCAGGUUGUGGCAGUAAUUCAUCAACAGAUGACACACCGGAACAUACAGUGUCCGACUCAAACAAUAUCACAGUGCCAAAUAGACCGGGAGGAGGGGUCAGAGCUAGCAACAUCCCAAUCACACACUCACAAGACACAGACAAUGACUUUCCUACAACCGACUUCAAUAAUGAAGAAAUGCUCAAUGAUUUAAAUAAAACUGGUGGGAAGCGCCCUGAGACUGGUCAGACAAUGCCCAUGGGAGGAACAGCUGUAGCAGCAUCUGCCUCAGCUGUUAUGGGGGGAGUCCAUCUCUCAACAGCCGGGCAUCCCCUUCCUAUGAUAGAACAGGAUAGAGCGUCUCACAGAACUUCUGGUAGUGUUAAUAAUCAUGCUAGCCCAGUGAUAAGGAAUAAAAAGUAUAUUGAAUCACCAAGACAGAACAAUGCAUCAGUUCCCUCUCCAAAAAAUAUUCAACAAAUGGGUGCAGGGCCGUCUGGUAUCGUUACCAAAGGACCUCAAGUGUCCGAUACUCUACCUCAACGGCAUUCUCGCCCUUCGUCUGAGUUCAAUGACAGUUUUGAGGAUGAUCUCCUGUUUGAAGGAACAGAAAGAAUACCAAAUAGUGCUAGGGGUUACCCACGGAAACCAUCGACAGGGGAGACAAAUCUACAGAAUUCAGGAGGAGAUAAUAAUUCUCCUAAUCUGGGACUUAGUCGAGGCCGCGAUGCUCCAUUCAAAGUCCCACAGGAUACUUUAACUACUCCAGCCAUUCCCGCAGUACUCACUGCUAUCAGCAGUGACCUCACAACUUUUUCUCAACGAUCUCCGGGAAGAAUAGGUAAUAACAGGUUCCACAAACCAGAGCCUCCCAAAGCUUCACCCUCAAGCACUCGGCCACCUUUUACCUUAGAGAAAGUACAGGACAACCCCAUGGUAUCACGUCCCCGAAUUCUGCGGACUCCUCCCCCUGCAGUGUCAGAGUCUAUAACAGAAUCUCCGGAAUAUCGGGGAAGGUCUAAAUUGACUGAACCAUUUGCCAUAUCUCAUCAAACUGAUAGAAAUUUAAAUGAAAAUCGGACAAACGCAGAUAGAUUAUCUCCAUAUACUGUAGCUGUGCCAGCUAAUGUGAGUGAGACGAGGCAGUAUGAUAUGAAUCACGAACUUGAGUUACCUUCUACAGGGGAGUGGUAUGCUACUCCUGCAAACUUUGACACCCACAUAGGGGCUUCAGUGCAAAAAUCCAGCAAUUCGGUCUCUCAAUCUUCUUCCAAACUCCACCCUGGUGCUUUCUUUAGUAAAUAUAAAGAAUUUACUGGCAACAUUAUGCCAGAGAAACCAUACGAAGAUUACCAUGAUGAGGAUGAAACCGAGUUCAAAGGUGUGGAUGGUGACAUGUCGGAGUUCCUGACUGUUCAAAGACGACAAACAACACCAGAAAACCGUAAGGCAGAUCCCGCAUCACGUCAAAAUGUAGCAAGCCGUCUUCGCUCAGUGUUUUUAAAACCAAGUUCAGAAAAUUCAGAACAAAAUGGAUCAUCUACAACAAGACCAGGUGAAACUAAAUCAGUGACAAGUGAUAGUGGGUUAGCUGUGUCAGUCAGUGACAGUCCUCCAGCCGCUCGUACAUGCUGGGAAAAUAGCACAACUCCUGUACAAAAUAAUAUUCCAUCUUCGCAAAGUGAUACCAUUCCCACUCUUCUACAAGAAAAUUCCCACCAUUUGCCUGGAAACAAGAAAAUUCCAGCAUUACUUGAUCCAAGCAACAAAGAAAACAUUCUAACAUCAAAAUACCAUCAAGAUGGUACUGUCUCAUUUAGUUCUUCCUCUUCACAUGAAAGUCGUUCAGAAAACAGUGGGACAUCUGGAGGAUGUUCUGUUAAUACCAACAGUGCUUUAAAGACUGAGAAGCUGGCCGCUGGAUCAGCAUUUUCACCAAUUCAUCCUCAGCCCGUCACGUCUUCCAACCGUCUGACCAAGAGUGUUGCCGUGGGAAUGGUCAGUAAGGACAUUCUUCAGCCAAAGGCUUUAGCCAUGUCUACAGACAAUGCUGGAAAUGGACGAAAAAGAACAAUAAGUGAUGAGUCCAUCCCGUCAGAUCCAAGACAAAGACUGAUAUCUGCACAUGAAGACCAGCUGGCUGUAGUGACAUCCCUUUGUAAAUUAGAGAUGAAAUUGUUGUUGGGAGCUAAAGCUGGAACUAAGACAUAUGAUGAGUAUGUGGAGAGAGUCAGCAACAUUUUAAGUCAGAAGAUGGCCGCCAUGCAGUUACUACAGGAGCACAUCAAAUCCUACACAACAUUCGAUGUACACAGAGGGGCUGAUAGUUCCUAGGGGCCGAUAGUUCCUAGCUCUGCUGUCUCCUCUGUAAGGGGCCGAUAGUUCCUAGCUCUGCUGUCUCCUCUGUAAGGGGCCGAUAGUUCCUAGCUCUGCUGUCUCCUCUGUAAGGGGCCGAUAGUUCCUAGCUCUGCUGUCUCCUCUGUUAGGGGCCGAUAGUUCCUAGUUCUACUGUCUCCUCUGUUAGGGGCCGAUAGUUCCUACCUCUACUGUCUCCUCUGUUAGGGGCCGAUAGUUCCAAGGGGCCGAUAGUUCCUAGCUCUACUGUCUCCUCUGUUAGGGGCCGAUAGUUCCUUGCUUUACUGUCUCCUCUGUUAGGGGCCGAUAGUUCCUUCGGGCCAAUAGUUCCUAGCUCUGCUGUCUCCUCUGUAAGGGGCCGAUAGUUCCUAGGGGCCAAUAGUUCCUAGCUCUGCUGUCUCCUCUGUUAGGGGCCGAUAGUUCCUAGGGGCCGAUAGUUCCUAGUUCUACUGUCUCCUCUGUUAGGGGCCGAUAGUUCCUAGUUCUACUGUCUCCUCUGUUAGGGGCCGAUAGUUCCUAGCUCUACUGUCUCCUCUGUUAGGGGCUGAUAGUUCCUUGCUCUACUGUCUCCUCUGUUAGGGGCCGAUAGUUCCUAGGGGCCGAUAGUUCCUUGCUCUACUGUCUCCUCUGUUAGGGGCCGAUAGUUCCUUGCUUUACUGUCUCCUCUGUUAGGGGCCGUUAGUUCCUUCGGGCCAAUAGUUCCUAGCUCUGCUGUCUCCUCUGUAAGGGGCCGAUAGUUCCUAGGGGCCAAUAGUUCCUAGCUCUGCUGUCUCCUCUGUUAGGGGCCGAUAGUUCCUAGUUCUACUGUCUCCUCUGUUAGGGGCCGAUAGUUCCUAGCUCUGCUGUCUCCUCUGUAAGGGGCCGAUAGUUCCUAGGGGCCAAUAGUUCCUAGCUCUGCUGUCUCCUCUGUUAGGGGCCGAUAGUUCCUAGUUCUACUGUCUCCUCUGUUAGGGGGCCGAUAGUUCCUAGCUCUGCUGUCUCCUCUGUUAGGGGCCGAUAGUUCCUAGCUCUGCUGUCUCCUCUGUUAGGGGCCGAUAGUUCCUAGCUCUGCUGUCUCCUCUGUUAGGGGCCGAUAGUUCCUAGUUCUACUGUCUCCUCUGUUAGGGGCCGAUAGUUCCUAGCUCUACUGUCUCCUCUGUUAGGGGCCGAUAGUUCCUAGGGGC